AUGGAGGCGGCGGCGGGCGGGGGCUGCGGCUCUGGGCCGCCGCUGCUACUGAGCGAGGGCGAGCAGCAGUGCUACUCCGAGCUCUUCGCGCGUUGCGCCGGCGCCGCAGGCGGGGGCCCCGGGUCCGGGCCCCCUGAGGCCGCCAGGGCCGUCCCCGGAGCGGUCACCGCAGCCGCCGGCCCCGUGGCCGACCUGUUCCGGGCGUCGCAGCUGCCCGCCGAGACGUUGCACCAGAUCACAGAACUGUGUGGUGCAAAGCGGGUUGGUUAUUUUGGUCCAACACAGUUUUACAUUGCCUUAAAACUGAUUGCUGCAGCACAGUCUGGCCUCCCUGUACGGAUAGAGAGUCUUAAAUGUGAACUGCCACUGCCUCGCUUUAUGAUGUCAAAGACUGAUGCUGACAUACGAUUCGGGAACCCGGCGGAACUGCAUGGCGCUAAGGUUCAGAUUCCAUAUUUAAUCACAGAAAAAAAUACCUUCAAAAGAAUGGACGAUGAGGAUAAACAGCAGGAAACACAGUCUCCCACGAUGUCACCCCUCGCCUCCCCUCCUUCUUCCCCGCCUCAUUACCAGAGGGUGCCCUUGAGCCAUGGCUACAGCAAACUGCGGAGCAGCACAGAGCAGAUGCAUCCAGCUCCUUAUGAAGCUAGACAGCCCCUUGUCCAGCCUGAAGGACCCUCGUCGGGGGCCCCAGGAGCCAAGCCCCCUCGGCAUCAGGCUUCCCUUAUUCGGUCCUUUUCCGUGGAGAGAGAACCGCAUGAUAACAACAGUAAUUACCCAGAUGAACCCUGGCGGAUAACAGAAGAACAGCGCGAGUACUAUGUCAAUCAGUUCCGAUCCCUUCAGCCUGACCCGAGUUCCUUCAUUUCAGGUUCUGUGGCCAAGAACUUCUUCACCAAAUCAAAGCUUUCCAUUCCAGAACUCUCCUACAUAUGGGAACUUAGUGAUGCUGACUGCGAUGGAGCCCUGACCCUGCCUGAGUUCUGUGCUGCAUUUCAUCUCAUUGUGGCUCGGAAAAACGGUUACCCACUACCCGAGGGCCUGCCUCCGACUCUGCAGCCAGAGUACCUGCAAGCAGCCUUUCCUAAGCCCAAGCGGGAGUGCACACUAUUUGAUUCUUAUUCUGAGUCAAUGCCUGCGAACCAACAACCCCGUGACUUGAAUCGGAUGGAGAAGCUAUCUAUUAAAGACAUGGCUGACUUUCCUGUCCCAGCCCAAGAUGUGACUAGUGAUGACAAACAAGCCUUGAAAAGUACUGCGGAUGAAGCCUUACCAAAGGAUAUGUCUGAGGAUCCAGCCACUUCUAAGGAUUCCAACAGUCUCAAAGCAAGACCAAGAUCCAGAUCUUACUCUAGCACCUCCAUAGAAGAGGCCAUGAAAAGGGGCGAGGACCCUCCUACCCCGCCACCGCGGCCACAGAAAACCCAUUCCAGAGCCUCCUCCUUGGAUCUGAAUAAAGUCUUCCAGCCCAGUGUGCCAGCUACUAAGUCAGGAUUGUUACCUCCACCACCUGCGCUCCCUCCAAGACCUUGUCCAUCACAGUCUGAACAAGCAUCUGAGGCUGAGAUACACCCCCAGCUGAACAGAGCCCCCUCUCAAGCUGCAGACAGUAGUCCAACAAAGAAGGACAUACCAUAUUCUCAGCCUCCAUCAAAGCCCAUCCGAAGGAAAUUACGACCUGAAAACCCAGCUCCAGAAAGCCAAGAGCCUUCUAGCACUGUUGGCGGGGCAGCGUCGGCAGUGACCGGGAAACCCCACACAGCAGUCCAGAAACAGUCUUCCAAACAGAAGAAGGCUAUUCAGACUGCUAUCCGCAAAAAUAAAGAGGCAAAUGCAGUGCUGGCCCGGCUGAACAGUGAACUUCAACAGCAGCUCAAGGAGGUUCAUCAAGAACGGAUUGCGUUGGAAAACCAAUUGGAACAACUUCGUCCAGUCACUGUGUUGUAA